GCGGAAACGCAUGUUGCACGCAUGUUGCCACAGAGGAGAGACAAACACACAACAAGUAAAGAAAGACACGGGACUGCAGACACGGAGGCGUGUUAAGGUGGAGGCUGUUGACCCACAAGUAUGCCGUUCCCUUUUGUAAAGUCCCACAAGUCCCCAGCAGACAUCGUGAGAAACCUGACGGACAGCAUGGCGGUGUUGGAAAAGCAUGGUAUCUCCGACAAAAAGGCAGAAAAGGCAACGGAGGAGGUGUCCAAGAACCUAGUGGCCAUGAAGGAGAUCCUGUAUGGCACCAAUGAGAAGGAGCCGCAGAUGGAGCUGGUGGCCCAGCUGGCGCAGGGGCUGUACACCAGCGGCCUCCUCAGCACACUGAUCUCAGACCUGCCGCUCAUUGACUUUGAGGGCAAAAAGGACGUGGCUCAUAUUUUCAACAAUGUUCUCAAGCGGCAAAUAGGGACCCGGACCCCUACGGUAGAAUACAUCUGUGCCCAACAGAAUAUAUUAUUUAUGUUGAUGAGGGGGUACGAGUCGCCUGACGUGGCCUUGCACUGCGGGGUCAUGCUGCGCGAGUGCGUCAGGCAGGAGCCGCUGGCGAAGAUCGCUCUGCGCUCCGAGCGGUUCUACGACUUCUUCGGAUACGUGGAGACGUGCACGUUCGACAUCGCCUCGGACGCGUUCGCCACCUUCAGAGAUUUGCUGACAAGACACAAGUUUCUGAGUGCAGAGUUUUUGGAACAGAAUUAUGACAGAUUCUUCAGUGAGUAUGAGAAGCUGCUCCAUUCAGAAAACUAUGUGACUAAAAGGCAAUCUCUGAAGUUGCUGGGUGAGCUGCUCCUAGAUCGGCAUAAUUUCAAUAUCAUGACCAAAUAUAUCAGCGAACAAGAAAACCUCAAAUUAGUGAUGAACCUCCUACGGAACAAGAGCCGCAACAUCCAGUUUGAGGCCUUCCACAUCUUCAAGGUGUUUGUAGCCAACCCAAAUAAAACUCAGCCAGUUUUGGACAUUUUACUGAAGAACCAGACAAAAUUGAUCGAGUUUCUCAGCAAGUUCCAGAACGACAGGACGGAGGACGAACAGUUCAGUGAAGAAAAGACCUAUCUGGUGAAGCAAAUCGGGGACCUAAGCAGACCCACUCAGCUGGAGGCCUGAUGGUGAAAUUGCAGAAGUCAUUCCAGUAGCCUUCAAAGAACAUCUACACA